AGGCUUUUCCCUUUUUUUCUGGAUAGGAAGAAAAGUAAAAAUUCUAUAGAUCACACCACAUACUUCUGUCUCAUUGAUUUUCAUAUCUCACUGAAAAUAAGUUUAUUAUUAUUUCGCUUUCGGUUUCAAAAGUACUACCCUGUACUACUUCUAAUUAUCCGCCUAAAAAAAAAAAAUAUAAUUAUCCAAUUCCAAACCUUAUACUUUCGCCCCCGCCACUGUGGAGGCCCUGAUAAAUCAAUUUGCCCCGACGAAAUUCUCACGAGUACUAGUUCCACUCUGAAAUAUUGGACCUGAAAUCAUGUCUUCUCUGACGUCCAGCACAGGCGCCGCUCCGAUCGAGCUGGUGGACCGUGUUGAUCGUUGUCGGGAGAUUGUGGACAGUUUUUUUGCCAACCAAAUCACGGAGAUUGCCGUGGACAUGGAGGGUGUAAACCACGGACGGAACGGCAGGCUGAGCGUGAUUCAGGUUUUUGUGGAUCAGAAAAACGGAGUGGAGAAAAAGGUCUACCUGUUCGACAUCACCGUGAUGCAAAGCGAGGCGUUCGAGCACGGGAAAUUGAAACAGCUUUUCGAAUCGAAGCAGAUCCUCAAGGUCCUCUUCGAUAUCCGCGUAUCAAAUGCAAAUCUAUCGAUGAUCUGGGAGGUUCUUCGGAAAUAACUUGUGAGGCUCAACAACAUGAUUGGCGAAUCAAAAUCAUGAGGCCGGUACACUAAAUUGACGGGCCAAGAAGAACAUGGCAAGUUUCUGAGCUAUGCUAGUACGACGUGUUAGCUAUUCAUCAUCUCAAUGACAGCAACAGCUGCCCAUUGCCCUUCUGCAUGACAGAAUGAGCAAUGUCAUGCGUGGCAGACAGGAGAAUCAUGCACAUGCCAGCCCCGGAGCACAACAAGCCUUGCAUUCUUCCAGAGGUCCCAGCCAUGUUUGCAAUGCAUACCGCGGUGACGCCGACGCGCUGUGGCACUUGUUCAAAGUGAAGUACGACCACGCCUAUGACAUCCAGGUUCUGUACCUAUGAAAGUCGUGCACAACUACAACUUCCCCACCCCCCUUGUUUUAGAAGAGCAUGAUGUCUGUUGAUGAGCAGCAGCAAUACUAGUUGCAACCACUAGCAGAAUCAGAAUGAAAUGUGACUUCCGCAUGAUUUUGCACGGAUUGUAGUGCUGUUCGCGGUAUUGUUCCAAAAUUUGCCAUGCAGACGACAGUGCUUCCAGAUCCAGUAAAGAUAUGGAUGUUUUAGGAUUUUGCAUUCUACAGAAGACGAAAGAGAGCAGGGGGACUUCUACGAGGGAGUGGUUCUUGUACACUGUCAUAGCACACCUUCAAGUUUCAGGAAACCUCCGACGGCUAUCUCAAGGGGUUCGCGAAGGUGCAGGAUGCUUUUUCCGGACUGAGCUACGCCGACAAGCUGCGGCUGAAGAAGGUGAAAGACGAAGGGGUGGCGUUGUUCGGCGACGGCAAAAGCGAGAUCUGGGAAAAACGGCCCCUGCCCGCAGCGUUGGUGAACUACUGCGCAGCAGAUGUCGAGUACCUGUUGCGCAUGAAGCAGGCCUGGGAUCCGACCUGCGCCGAGAAAUACACGGCGACAGUGAAGUCGGUGACGCAGUCUCGUCGGGAAAAUUUUGUGGGCGCGCGGAUUCCAGUGGAAGGGCGGAACAAGGCCAAGCGGGAUGUUUAGUUUCACGGGUUUGGGGUGCAGCCUCGGGCCCGGCGGGGCAUGUCGGAUGACUACGAUUACUUGGAUGUGGAGCCGCGGUACGAUGAUGGACGCGAUUACUUCGAUGCAGAUUACGACGAUUACUUGGAUCGGCUCUUUGACUCAUUAUGAUUUUGAGUUGUAGAUUCUAAAAGAAAUCAUGAAACUUUACAACUCAAGGAAGAUUUUCGUCUGCGUUUCGUUCUUCGCUUGUUCUUCCACGAAGAGCCUCACUCUCACUCCCAAGACGCAUGCGAUGAUCCAGCAGACCUCAUUCACGUAUACCAUAAACUGUACGGACUUUUUUGCGUUAUAUAUACACGCCAAUUUUUAUUGAUAUACAACUAGACAUGCAAAGACGUCCUUGUCGAUACCACUCUAGAUGAACCAAACCCCAUUCGCGCUAGGCUCCCGAAAGAAUGAAGAACGCGCUAGAAAAAACAAAAGCUUGUAUAUUUUCCCCAUCCAUCAUCAGAAACCUGUUCUCGCGUAGUUGCCAUUGAUGAUACAUCACUGCCCAUCAAACUACAUUUUCAAGUGUAUGAUUUUCUGUAGCGCAAUAUUAAAAAGACAUGUGGAUGAAAGCGAGGAAGGAAGAACCUGAUCUCGACUCUGAUGAAUCGCCGAAGAAGACCGAGAAAAAAAGUUGUAUUUUGCGUCUUUCUAAAAUUCCAU